AUGAGGAAUGUCUCCGCUAUGCUGGAGUUCCAAGACGUAGCUAGUCCCCUUGGCGGUCUCUUUGGAGCUAUAGCCGCAGCGCUGUUACAAGAUCGUGCUGGGCGUUGCUUUUGCUUAGCCUUUGCGGCUUUCUUGUUGGCAGCUGCAGUCGCAGUGGCAUACGUAUCGAAUGUUCCGGAUGGUAUAGACGCCCGCAGAGCAGUCUUUCUGACGGCAAAGCUUGUGCAAGGUCUUGCUGUUCACAUGAUCACAGGCACGACGCAGACAUACAUGUUUGAGAUCUUACCUCCCGUACUGCGAGGCCCCAUGCUGGCCUUCUUUCCGAUCUUCAUCCUCCUGGUGGCCAUUCUCUGCAUUGCCUCUGGUGGUGCAGCUGUCCUCCCCGAAAGCCCGACGUAUCUCAUUCGAAAAGAUCGAAUAAGCGCGGUUCGCAAAUCACAGCGACGACUGGAUUCCGGCCCUAUGGAAUCGCAUUAUCAAUCCGAGCAACUACGCUCGUUCAUUGAAAAAGAAGAUCAAGAUGCAGCCAGCAAGGCGACUGGGUACCGUGACUGCUUCACAGGCGUCGUCCGCCGGCGUACCAUGAUCGUUAUGUUUGCAAGCCUCAUCCCAUCGCUUUUUGCUUUGCCCUUCCUAUCCAAGACUAGUUACAUUCUGCAAAUAGUCGGCAUGAGGCAUCAAGAGAGCUUUCUGUUCUCACAAGCUGGCAUCGGACUGGGGUUGGCAGCUAACCUAGUCAGCAUGCAGACACUGUCUAAUUAUGGCCGUGUGCCUCUGGUUAUUGUCAGAUUAAGCGUCCCGACGCUCGCCUGGAUGAGCAUAAGGGCUGCCGGCUGUUUCCCGGGAACUAUUAGCGCCUGCGUCGUUUUCAACCUUAUCUUGCCGUAUAUCUUCAACCCCGACGAGGGGGCCCUACACGGUAAGACCGGCUUUGUAUGUGUGGGCUUCUCGGCCAUUGCCCUCGUGGGAACAUGGCUUUACCUGUCAGAGAUGAAAGACCGGACGCCCAGCGAGAUUGACGAAAUGUUUGAAGCAGCUGUACCUGCACGGCAGUUCAGAAAAUGGUCCCCACUGCUUGCUGAUCCACUUUCUUCGGAUCGUUCCCCACAAGUACGACUAGCCAACGCAUGCGACCAAUCCACCGGCGCGUCAGGCGGAAACGAAAUUUGUUCAUACCGAGCUGUUCCUGGGUGA